AUGUUGCCCUCUCUUGUAAACAACGGGGCGCUGUCCCUGGCUGUGCUUUCGCUGCUCACCUCGUCCGUCGCCGGCGAGGUGUUUGAGAAGCUGUCGGCCGUGCCGAAAGGAUGGCACUUCUCCCACGCUGCCCAGGCCGACGCCCCCAUCAACCUGAAGAUCGCCCUGAAGCAGCAUGAUGUCGAGGGCUUCGAGCAGGCCCUGCUGGACAUGUCCACCCCGGGCCACGAGAACUACGGCAAGCACUUCCACGAGCACGACGAGAUGAAACGCAUGCUGCUCCCCAGCGACUCCGCCGUCGACGCCGUCCAGACCUGGCUGACCUCCGCCGGCAUCACCGACUACGACCUCGACGCCGACUGGAUCAACCUGCGCACCACCGUCGAGCACGCCAACGCCCUGCUGGACACGCAGUUCGGCUGGUACGAGAACGAAGUGCGCCACAUCACGCGCCUGCGCACCCUGCAAUACUCCAUCCCCGAGACCGUCGCCGCGCACAUCAACAUGGUGCAGCCGACCACGCGCUUUGGCCAGAUCCGGCCCGACCGCGCGACCUUCCACGCGCACCACACCUCCGACGCGCGCAUCCUGUCCGCCCUGGCCGCCGCCAGCAACAGCACCAGCUGCGACUCAGUCAUCACCCCCAAGUGCCUCAAGGACCUCUACAAGGUCGGCGACUACGAGGCCGACCCGGACUCGGGCAGCCAGGUCGCCUUCGCCAGCUACCUCGAGGAAUACGCCCGCUACGCCGACAUGGUCAAGUUCCAGAACUCGCUCGCCCCCUACGCCAAGGGCCAGAACUUCUCGGUCGUCCUGUACAACGGCGGCGUCAACGACCAGUCGUCCAGCGCCGACUCCGGCGAGGCCAACCUCGACCUGCAGACCAUCAUGGGCCUCAGCGCGCCGCUCCCCAUCACCGAGUACAUCACCGGCGGCCGCGGCAAGCUCAUCCCCGAUCUCAGCCAGCCCAACCCCAACGACAACAGCAACGAGCCCUACCUCGAGUUCCUCCAGAACAUCCUCAAGCUGGACCAGGACGAGCUGCCGCAGGUGAUCUCGACCUCCUACGGCGAGGACGAGCAGACAAUCCCCCGUGGCUACGCCGAAUCCGUCUGCAACAUGCUGGCCCAGCUCGGCAGCCGCGGCGUGUCGGUGGUCUUCUCGUCAGGCGAUUCGGGCGUCGGCGCCGCCUGCCAGACCAACGACGGCCGCAACCAAACCCACUUCAACCCGCAGUUCCCGGCCAGCUGCCCGUGGGUGACGUCGGUCGGGGCCACGACCAAGACCAACCCGGAGCAGGCGGUGUACUUCUCGUCGGGCGGGUUCUCGGACUUCUGGAAGCGCCCGAAGUACCAGGACGAGGCGGUGGCCGCGUACCUGGACACGCUGGGCGACAAGUUCGCGGGGCUGUUCAACAAGGGCGGGCGCGCGUUCCCGGACGUCGCGGCGCAGGGCAUGAACUACGCCAUCUACGACAAGGGCACGCUGGGCCGGCUGGACGGCACCUCGUGCUCGGCGCCGGCCUUCUCGGCCAUCAUCUCGCUGCUGAACGAUGCGCGCCUGCGCGAGGGUAAGCCGACCAUGGGCUUCUUGAACCCGUGGCUGUAUGGUGAGGGCCGCGAGGCGCUGAAUGAUGUUGUCGUGGGUGGGAGCAAGGGCUGUGAUGGGCGCGACCGGUUUGGCGGCAAGCCCAAUGGGAGCCCUGUCGUGCCUUUUGCUAGCUGGAAUGCUACGCAGGGCUGGGACCCGGUUACUGGGCUGGGGACGCCGAACUUUGCGAAGAUGUUGGAGCUGGCGCCAUAG